AUGUGUAAUCUGGCUCAUAACAUAAAACUGCAUAAGUCCUAUGUGUCGCAGUUCUUGCUGUUCACUGCUUCUUUGAUACUUUACUGGUUUGCUCUUUGUUCUGCCACACGGAUAAAGGGACAAUAUGAGACUCGCAACGUUCUAAUUCAAGUUGCAAAUUAUAACAACAUAUCGCGAGUGACUGAGAACGAAGUGGAUUCCCUCAGAACCUUCUACAAGUCCAUUCUGCAUAGUGUGGAACUCUAUAAAAUUCCCUUCGGUUAUAAGGUUGAGGAAUUUUUCCUAGAAACCAAAACUGCAUACAACGCAGAGAGAAUCGACCUGUUGAGCAUCAAUGACUCUAAUACAAUUGAUUUAGACCCCAAAGUAGAUGUUAAGCUUAUUUUAAUACUCUACAAUGUUGAGAGACGGGUAUACGGAGGUAAAAAUAUGUUUGCAUGCGAAAAUAUCUCCGACAGAAUCUACCUGCUUCAUCUCGCUCCAAGAGUCGAACUUGUGGGAGCUAAAUCACAAUGUCAGGACGUUUUUCGAGAAAACAGUGAAGAGCUCAGCGAUGAGGAUACCAAGGAAUUGACGAAAUCCGCUGGUGACGAAAUAGAAACCGUGGAAUCAACCUCUACAAAUCACAAAAUUACAGGUUUCAAAUGGCAUUUUGUCAUCGUAACUGUUUUUACCAUUAUUGUAACCGUUGUAGUGAUUAUUUUUCGUUUCAAAGGUGUGAAAAACCUGGAUUCAAUUAAAGCUGUGCACAACACCCUCAAUGCACCAUUCAAAGUCCCUACCGAUAGACUUUGGAUCACUGAGAUCCCGGCGUCCGAUAUUGUGAGGUUUAGAACCCACAUUCAGGAGCAACAAGUACAGACUAACGUGCAACAUGUGAAAUCACUGGGUGCUCUCAGCAUAUGGUUGCAGGGUGUUCUUAGGUCUAUAUAUACGUCUAAGUGGUUGUGCCUGGUCGCUAAAAGAUCAGGAGGUCCAAUGCAAUACAUGUCGCUAGGACUAGCAGACAUACAGGACAUUACAAGCCAUUUUGAUACAAUCGAGCUCAGAGUGUUUCUCAUUUUUCAAAAUACGGACUCAGAAAUCAUAUACUCCCAGUUGGAUUUCGGGCAAACAGAUGUCGGGGUGUCCAACAUUGUGGGAUCACGCGUGUACCCGCUGUGCAUUAAACCGGAAAUCAUAGCGCUUUUCGCCAGCGCUUUUCGGUUUAUCCUGUUGAUUAUAUAUAUCUUAUUCGACUUGAAAUACGAUAACGUAGUCGGGAAAAUUCCGAGAUUUUUCUCUGCCAAUUUAAACACCAAGGCGGCUAUAUGCUCUCUGUCUCUUAUAUUUGUCUUAGAGGUUACCAACGUUGUUACAAUUUUCCUUCUGACAUUCAAAUAUAUGCCAGAUGCAGGCAGGAUUCUCUUGGAAGGCCGCGAGUUUAAUGUCAUGGUUUCAUUACUGGUAACAGCAUCAAGGCUGGAAGUCAUGAGCAAAAUUGCCAUAUUUCUGCAUGCUGUGGUUUUAGUUUUGUGUUUUGUCGCGUUUUUACCUCAAUACUAUUUUUCAUUUAAUAAAGAUGGAGAAGUUAUCAGACGCCCCAUAGUCAUAAACCUAUUCGCGAUGUCCGUUGUGAUAUACCAGUAUGGUAUAUUACUGGUAUCCUGGUCAAUCAUCGGAAAUCAGCUGUUCGGUCACAAUGUCGAACGCCUCAAGAACUUUUUCGCAGGAUUGCGAUGCAAUACGAUCCUGGGAUUUAACAGAUUCCCCAUUUAUCAAUACAACAAAUACCACGCAUUAUACAAUGAUAUUGCUGUCAUGGUUUUCUAUAACAUCGGACUUACCUUGAUAUUCGCAAUCUACUAUUAUUUCUCCAAGGUGAAGAGGCGAAAGGAGGUCACAAUUGGUACCCUACAAAAGCUGCAUGACAACUUUAACGUUGACAUUGUCGCCAGUAUGGAUGAUAUAGUAAGAUUCAAAAUGUUUGUUAAGGUGGUGGAAAAACACAAACACUACAUGGUAGAAAAUGCGGAGAUUGACCAUUGCAAGCAAUUCUUCGAGCGAUUUGAGCAUCACUCGAUAAUGCGCUUAAAUCGCGGUAUGCAAUUUAUUAGUUGCCUGGAACGCAUCAAGAAAUAUGCAUUGUGUGCUGUAUUUCUUCGAAUGAAAGUACGGAACAUGUCACUUCUAAUUAGGAACGUGCAACGACGAUAUAGAGAACAAAAUCCUCACAAGCAAAAUAAACGUGGUUAUCUAUCAUUGUUGAAAGAGAAACUGCAACUUACAGUCGAGGAGAUAGAUGAAUUUAGGCGGUCUGCGGAAAUAGCGAUCGCAGGCAAAAGUAUCACACGCCCGAUGAAAGCAAACAAGUUAAACUGUGAUAUAUGUAACAAUGUCAACUGUGGUGGCCAUUCUGAGAAGGAAUAUAUAAAACCGGGGAAAUAUGAUCUUCUUGAGUUGGAAAACUUUUUGAUACAUCAGCGUCCGACCCCGCGCGAAGACCUGCUACCCGAACCGUGCAGGGAUUCGAAAUCUACACAAAGUCAUACUUCGUCAGUUCAUGUAACAAUUCCCUCGUGUAAAGAUAACGUGUCGCUGGGCACUCUAUCGCACGGCAAAUCGGAUGAGAAGCGUGAAAAUGUGUAUUCAGUGCCGAGUCGACGUGAAUCUCUGAAAUCCCACACGACGAAUACGGUAAGUGAAUGUUCAGCACUGACUUACGUGCCGCUUGGAGCAGCACCUGCUAAUGAUCCUGUCCUGGAACCCAAUUCUGCGGGUGGGGAUACCUCCCAUCACUAUAAGGGCAACAGUAGGUCUGAAACACAUGUGAUAAAGGGAGACGGCGGACCUUCCGGCGUACAAAGUCACAGAAAUGGGGCCACUUCGAGCACGUCUGUUGCAAAACCACAAAACCCUCAGCAUGUGAGUGUUGGUGCAAAACAAAAAAAUAAUGAGAAACUGCAUUUAACUGAAGCAAUGGAUAUUAUUCAUAAUAACAAUAAUGGGGAUAAGGGUUCUAUUAGUGCAGAAUGCACCUCGAAAUCGUAUGAUGUCAUCACCGGUGCAUCCGAGUCUGAUGACAAAAACUCGCCGCCCCGUGAUGGUCAAUUCACUCUAAAAAGUAUAGCAGAAACCAACAUACGGGCUAAUAGAGUUGACGCUUCAUCCAAUGGCAAGAAUGACACAACUAAAAUGCGCAGGACCUCUUUAAAUAUGCACCCAUGCAACUCCGCCGAUGAUGCUCUUAUGGGUUCAAUUCCAAACAGAACACAAGGAAAGGAAGAAUCAAUUGCAACGAAACAUGCUACAAAUGUGUUGAGUGAUUCUAUACCAAACCGUGAGGCGAAGGGGAAAAUGCCCCUAACAAAACGCAGCGCCCAUAUCAACAAAGAUAAACGGACAGGCAUAUUCAAAGAAAGCAUUUUAUAG